UCGUUUGUCGUUUGUCGAUUGUCGUGCAUAUUUGCUGUAUUUGCAGUUUGCUGCUAUUGUUAAAUUGUGUGGAUUUUUUUAAUAAAUUAAGUCUCUUUUGCAAAUAUAAAAAAGAAAGGAAACAUUCAGAAGAAUUAGAAAUGCCGCCAAAAAAGAAUAAACAAACCCCUAAAAAUGCAUUCUAUUACUUCAUGCUCCAUUUUAAAGAAACCCAUGGUAAUAAAUUCAGCAGCAUGAAAGAUGUAGCUGAUGCCGCAGGUCCCCGUUGGGCUGGAAUGAGCAAGGAUCAAAGAAAACCUUUUGAAAACCGAGCCUUAAUGGAAAAAAACCAAAUGAGAGCAGUUAAACUUACUUCAGAUGGGUUUGAUGUCGAGGAGUUAGAAAGACAAGAACGUGAAGAACAAUGUAGAAUUCAAGAAAUGAAGGAUGAUAUUAAUUGCAAUUUAAGGUUAUGUAGUGAGGCUGGUAGUAUACAAGACGAAAUGUUCUUCAUAAUACAUGUAAACAUUUUUUGCUAUUGUACAGCUGAAAAUCGGUAUUAUCCAGCUGAAAUUGCAGUCGCUUGUUUCAGUCUAGAAGAUGGGGUACUUCAACAGAAUAUUUUUAACCGAAUUAUUAAGCCUGGACCUCUUCCUUUGGGUUAUGCCAGCGAAGCUAAGCUUAUUUCAGAAGAAACUCACCAGUUACCACCUCCUUUAGCAGGCGAAGACGAAUCUAAUCUUGCUGAAGUUUAUUCCGAUUUGAAAUAUUUCUUAUCCACAAAAUUAUCUGGUUCUAAAAGGUUUCCACCUCUGUACACUGAUGAAAAAAUGUUAAAAAUGGUUCAACACAUCUUGGAUACUUGGUGUUACGAUUUUGGAGAAUCUGCACCGUUAUUUAAAGUUUAUAACCUCCAAUAUAUGUUUAAAGAUUUAAAAAAUAUUGUAGCUAAUGCUAAUGUUUGGCCAACUGAUACUCCUGCUAAAAGGGAGAUCGAGAAGGAUGCCUAUGCUUAUACUAAUGGGAUCUGCUGUGAGUUCCAUGAUCUUAGUGAUGUUGUCGUUUAUUGUAGUCGUUCUAUAGUAGUAAGAUAUGCUUAUACUAUUUGUGAUAACUGUUGUCAAGAUUUGGGAAUAAUUUUAGUACCUGGUACACACAUUCCCGAUACUUCAAUGACUCCAUUCAAGGGUUCCAGAUCUUCAAGUAGAGCCAGUUCAAUUUCCGAAUAUUCCAGAUCAUCAUCCAACUUGAGACCAACAAUUCGUGAUAGUGAUUCAGACACAGUUAUAUCAUUUUCUAGUAAAUCAGAAUGGGACAAUCAAUCACAAAUGUCAGAAUCGUCAAAUUACAGCCUGGAUAGUGAUGGUUUUCCUGGUUUAGGUUUUAAAAAGAAGUCGGCUUCUACGAAUUCUCAGCCUCACUUUUCUUCUAAUUUUUCGCAAUUAAGUCAGUCUUCUUCGAGAAGUUAUGCAGGUGCCAUGGGAACGGCAGGGCUCAGUCGAAGGACUGCCGAAGCUCCAUCUUCAAUUUGUAAGGAUUUUGAUGCUUUGAGUGUGCAAGAAUCUGAUAAUGGGUUCGUGCCAAGUCAACGGUUUGAAAACGAUUUGAAUAAUUUUCCAGCUCUAGGAAAAGGGAGAGGCAGGAGAUUGAAUUAGUUUUAUACUUGUUCAAUCAAUCUACCCAUUUUUGCAACUUAUUGACUUAUAGACUAACAACUGGUUGCAAAAACGUUCUUUAAAAUUUACAAUCCUGAUAAACUUUGACAAAUGUUUAGACUAUGAGUAAUUUGAAGUUUAUUACAUUCAGACAUCACAUUCUCAAGCUCAACUGUUCUAUAGUAAUUUUUAUGUUUAAUAAGUUUUCACAACAAGACUAAUUGACUAGUGUCAUACCCCUCGAUAAAUUUUAAUGGACAUUCUUGGAACCGGCUGUAAGAGCCGGCGAUGGCCAGACAUACGUUACAGUAUCAAGCUUAAAAUUUUUCAUGUGUGUGUGUACACUGUAGUAAGUAAAAACCGAUGGGUAAACCACUAAAGUCAAAACGUAUUCGUAUUUCGAAAAUCACAAUAUAUCCCCCUCACUUGUUAAAGAGAUGGCACUAAGUUUGCAGCGCGGUAAAUUCAAAUAUAAUUUUAAGGCAAAAUUUAAAUUUGGAAGGUUACAACUUUUCUAAUAUAAAACUUAUUUUCAUGUUUAUAUUUAUUUAAGCGUUUGAAUAAUAGAUAUAAUAAUCCAAAAAUUGUAUUUUGGAACACCUUGUUCUUUGCCAUCAUUAAACAUCAUAAACUAUAUACAAAUAUCCUUAUAUCCAAUAGAAUGAAAAUACAUAAUAUUUAUCGGGUCUUUCUUCAUCUAAAUGUCCUACUGCACGCUGUGGGACAUAUAUACCGAUGUUAUGACCGGUAUUUUUAUUGCUGAAUUUCGUUUGUGGUUUUUGUGUUUUGCUCAAUGUCGUUUUAACAUUUUUUUGGCUCUUGAUAUUAAAGCGACGACUCCUUUGAGUAGUUCUGGCAUUUUAAAAGUGAUCGUGUUGGUGUUCACUACCUGCGUGGUGUAGCUUAACUAAAAAUUGUUAAGCGUGUUAUCCACACUUUCUUAGGUAUCGUUCGGCUUAGCACCUGAUUGUCUACCGCGCCGCUGAUUUCAGUUUCAGUCCCUUUUGUUUCUGGCUUCCUAGAGGUAGGGUUAUUGUCCAUGUCAGCUUCUUCAUUAUAGUCUGACUCCAUAUUUACAUCUUUUUCCCACUCAGCGAAUUCAUCUGCUCGGUCGUCCUCUUUUAUUGAUUUACAAUUUUCAGUUGUUGUUUCAGUGGAAAUAUUCUCGCGGAAUGGCGGGAAUUUUGAAAUAUAUUCAUUCGGCAAUAAAAAUUGAAAAGUAUAUUGCAUGUUCCAUUAAACGAGCUGUAAAUC